AUGAACAAAAGUGAUCCGGCCUGGGGAAGCAAUGCCAAGGACCCAGAUGAGAAGGAGAUAUCACCUUGCAUGGUCAGCAUAGGGGCCCUCCUCUACUACUGCAUCCUGCUGUGUGUGGGUUUGCCUGUUAACAUUUUAACUGCCGCUGCACUUUCCCGUCUUGCUGCUCGUACCCAGAAGUCCUCGUACUGCUACCUCUUGGCCCUCACUGCUUCUGACAUCCUGACUCAGGUCUUUGUGGUCUUUGCUGGCUUCAUCGUGCAGGCAGCCAUCUUGGCCCGCGAAGUGCCAGGUGCCUUUGCCCAUGCAGUCAACAUCUUGCAGUUCACGGCCAAUCACGCCUCCAUCUGGGUGACGGUACUGUUGACUAUGGACCGUUACGUGGCCCUUUGCCAUCCCCUGCAGUACAGGGCUAUCUCCUACCCAGAACGCACCCAGAAGAUAAUUGCUGCCGUGUUUGCAGUCUCAUUGGCUACUGGGGUUCCUUUCUACUGGUGGCUGGAUGUUUGGCAUGAUGUCUACCCACCCAGCACUAUGGACAAAGUCCUGAAGUGGCUUCAUUGCUUCAUCAUCUACUUCAUUCCCUGCACUGUCUUUCUGAUGACAAACUCUGUUAUCAUCUGCAAGCUCAAGCGAUCAGGAAAUCCCAACCGCCGUCUCAGCAGAACCACAGCCAUUUUGCUGGCUGUCACCACUGUCUUCAUUGUCCUCUGGGCUCCACGGACAUUUGUCAUCAUCUACCACCUCUACGUGGCGUCAGUCAAUCAGGACUGGCGAGUACACCUGGCCUUGGAUGUGGCCAACAUGGUAGCCAUGCUCAAUACCUCCAUCAACUUCUUCCUUUACUGCUUUGUCAGCAAGACUUUCCGGCGUACUGUCCGUGAAGUGCUCAUCUCUUACAGGUUCCAAUGUACUCAAAGAUCAAAGAAGGACACUGCUUUGGAAUUGACUCUGAAACCCCUGGGGGUCUGGGCUGGGACUUCAGUUUAG